CGUUCGCCCUCCUAUCGGCGUAGACAUUCGCCGUCUGCUGUAGGGCAUAGGUAUGGAAGGAGGAGCCGAAGGGACAGAAGCCGGUCGCCAUAUUCAUCUUAUUCUUAUAGCAGGUGAUCCCGUUUAUAUUCAUGCUAUUCAUGUUAAUAUUGUUAACAUACAAGAAACUGUAAGGAAUAUUGUAAGAAAGAUUGGGAACUCUGGAAUUUGUCUUGUGGAUUGGAAAUACAAAUUCUUGAAGUUUAAUUGUACGCAGUUUAUAGUUAUUUGUAAAUCGUUUGGUGCUCCAUCGACUUUAUUGGAAAGACUACGUAGUUUUCUUGCUGUUUACAAUUAUGAUUCCUGUUUUAGAAUCGGAUCCUAGCCAAGAAUCUGGUGAGGAGUGGCAAUUAGAUUAGUCGAUUGUGCCAAAUUGGAGGUGCUGCUGCAGUUGAAGAUGUGGUGGUGGCAUUUUGUAAACCGGUUCUUUCAGUUUCACUUUUACAUUGCAGUUGAAUCUUUUGGUUGUCUGCAUUUUGGUGCGUGUGAUACUUUUCCAUUCAGAUGGCAUCACUGCCUGACUUCCUUGAGCACCUUCAGGAUUAUAGAUUUAUGUUUAUUGACCACCGUUCUGGCUAUGAAGUGUUGUCGAAUAUUCCAAUAAAGUUUUGUGGUGCUUUACUCUGUCAUCUUCUGUGAAAUUAUCAACUAUUCAGUAGGCAACUGACAUAUGAGGAACUUUCCUUUGCUUGGAAAUAUGCUAAAUACAAAUACAUUUGGAGCAAAAUAUAGAGAGUUCUAUGAGACUGAUAGGAAGCAUGCUCUUUCUUAGAACAUUAAAUAUGGUUUCUUCCCAUCGCCUGAGAUGGGUAGUGAGCAGGUGAUGAGUGCCAAUGGGUUCCUUUUGUUGCUCGAUUGUGCAUUAUCUUCUUCAUGUCAUAAAAGAUGGAGCUCAAUGCUUAUCUUAACAAUGUAUGAGAAGAAAGAGUUGUUCUAUUAGUCCACUACGCCGCAAAAGUCGUUCUCCAACUACAAGACGUCAUAAAAGUCGUUCUCCGACUCUAAAGCGUUAUAAGAGGCAAAGAAGUAGGAGUUCUUCAUUGUCUCCUACUCAUAAAUCAUCUAGCUCAAGUCUUGGGUCAAUAGAGCGCAAAAAUGCUAGUGAGAAAUUGAAAAAAGAAGAGGAAGAGAGGAAAAGGCGUCAACAAGAAGCAGAAUUGAAACUGAUAGAAGAAGAGACUGCUAAGAGAGUGGAAGAAGCAAUACAGAAAAGAGUUGAAGAGAUCUUGAACUCUGAGGUAAUCAAGCAGGAAAUUCUGAAGCGAUUAGAGGAGGGACGGAGAAGACUUAAUGAUGAAGUUGCAGCUCAACUUGAAAAAGAAAAGGAAGCUGCUCUUCUUGAGGCUAGGCAAAAAGAGGAGAAAGCACGAAAAGAGAAAGAAGAGCUGGAAAUGAUGCUUGAAGAGAACCGGAAGAGGGUGGAAGAAGCUCAGAGAAGGGAAGCACUGGAACAGCAACGGAGAGAGGAGGAACGUUAUCGGGAAUUAGAGGAGCUUCAAAGACAAAAGGAAGAGGCCAUGAAAAGGAAGAAGCAACAGGAGGAGGAAGAGCGUUUAAAUCAGAUGAAAUUAUUGGGAAAGAACAAAUUGCGACCAAAGCUAUCCUUUGGGCUUGGCUCAAAAUGAUUGAUUGGAAAAGUUAGUCUAAGUUAUAAUAUUUGUGCUGAACAUUUGUAAUUUGAGGAUAUUCGUACUAUAUUGUCAUUGCAGUUUUGAAGUUGAAACCUUUUCGCUUGCUUCCGAACUGGAAGGCUGUAAACGCGACACAGCUCAACUAGAGUUAAGCUAUGAACUAGUUAACAUAAAAGGUCCAAGCCCAAGCCCAUCUAAACUGGGCUCCCGUAGCCGACUAGCACAUUAACGUGCCAAAAUUUCAGUUUUAUAAUUAAAAUAUGUAAGUAGCUGUGAAGAGAGAAAGAUUCAAAUUUCAUUUCAUAAAGAAGGUAGAAAUAGAUCGGAAAAUAAUAAAUAAAUAAAAAAAAAGAGAAAGAUUCAUUA